AUGGGUAAGAAGAAUACUAAAGGUGGUAAGAAAGGUAGAAGAGGUAAGAACGACUCCGAUGGGCCAAAGCGUGAAUUGAUCUACAAGGAAGAAGGUCAAGAGUACGCUCAAAUUACCAAGAUGUUGGGUAACGGUAGAGUGGAAGCCACUUGUUUCGAUGGUAUCAAGCGUAUGGCACAUAUCAGAGGUAAGUUGAGAAAGAGAGUGUGGAUGUCUCAAGGUGAUAUUAUUCUUGUUUCGCUCAGAGAUUUCCAAGAUGACCAGUGUGAUGUUGUGCACAAGUACAAUCUAGACGAGGCCAGAACGCUCAAGAGUCAAGGUGAGUUGCCAGAAAAUGCCAAGAUCAACGAAACGGACAACUUUGGGUUCGAGUCCGACGACGAAGUCAACUUUGAGUUUGGUAAUGCUGAUUCUGACGAUGAGGACGAGGAUGACGAUGAGGCUGGUGAUUUCGAUAUCGAUGAUAUUUAG